AUGAGUAUACCGCUCUACAUUAAGGUAUCCAUCCUGGUAGCAUUUGGCGGAAUGCUUUUCGGUUUAGACACCGGGACGAUAGGCCCAGUGACUUCCAUGGCUUCAUUCAAGUCAUCCUUCGGAUCCCUCUCCCCAACUCUCCAUGGUGUUGUUGUUUCUUCCAUUCUGAUCCCUGCGGCACUUUCGUCCUUGAUUACAGGGAACGUUGCAGACCUCUAUGGACGUCCACGUACAAUCAUGGUUGGCGCCACCAUCUUUGGCAUUGGAGCAGCCAUCGAAGCAGCAGCAAAUAGUCUUGGAGCUUUCAUCGCUGGACGCGUUAUAACAGGCCUCGGCGAAGGCCUCUUUUUGAGUGUCCUGACCGUAUACGUCUGUGAAAUAUCCCCAGCAAAACAAAGAGGCGCUUUGGCAUCCUUGAUCCAGAUGCUUGUCACAAUCGGCGUCGCUACCGGCUAUUUCGUAUCGUAUGGGACCUCAAGGAUAAACUCGUCGGCUUCAUGGCGGGUUCCUUUGGCACUACAGUCCUUCAUAUCACUCUCCUUUGCCGUCUCUUGUUCACUGGUUCCUCCGUCUCCACGUUGGUUGCUCUCACAGGGUAGAGCUAAAGAAGCUGCCUUAACUUUGUCUCGCCUCGGAAUUUCGCCAACAGAGCACGAAGAUAUCGUUCAGGUUCAAGGAAUUGACUUGGACUUUCCGCCUUCCAAAGCAAGCUUGUUCCACAGUAUCCGCGCGACGUUCAAAGAUCUUCAGAAGGUAUUUGCAAAGAACGCCCGCAAAAGGACAGCCCUCGGAUGCUUCAUGAUGGCCAUGCAACAAUUCAGCGGGAUCGACGGAAUACUUUUCUAUGCACCACUCCUGUUUGCACAGGCUGGACUUCCUGGAGAACAAGCGACAUUUCUAGCGUCUGGUGUGUCAGCCCUUGUCAUACUGGUCGUCACAGUCCCAGCAUCUCUCCUCACAGACCGACGAGGAAGACGGUCGUCAACGAUCUUUGGAGGCCUUGGACUCAUGGCUUGUAUGGUUUUGAUUGGCUCACUUUACGCCUCGAACAGUGUCCAUGUCAAUCACGGAGCUGCUCGAUGGAUGGUAAUCGUAACGAUCUAUAUUUUCGCCGUCAUAUUCAGUAUAUCAUGGGCCAUCGACAUCAAAAUCUACUCUAGCGAAAUUCAACCGGCAGCCACGAGAGCAAGUGCAACGAGCCUCGCUCAUAGUGCAAAUUGGCUUGCUAAUUUCGUCGUGGCCUUGACGACACCCAUAUUCCUCGACAAGUCAUCCUAUGGUGUUUACUACUUCUUUGGAGCCUGCACUCUUCUCACUGUUAUUAUCUGCAUCUUUGCAAUGCCGGAAACAAGAGGCAACACCUUGGAGACUAUCGAUGCCUCAUUCCAAAAUCAUUCCUGGCUCGGAAAUAAGAGUUUCCUGUCUCGAGCGCUCCGGCCUAAAACUUCGGGAAUUGAGGCAAACACGACGGAACUACAGCCUGUUUCUCGUAGGCACCUCCCUACCACUAGCAUCGUGCAGUGA